AUGCAGCGUUUUAAGAUUCUCGUUUGGAGUCGAGGCCUCAACAAUAUUGAAACUCAGGAUGCCCUAGUCAAUAUUGUACGACAGCAGAAUCCCAGCAUUGUUUUUCUUUCUGAAACCCUAGCUGCGCCUGAUCUGCUUACAGAGGUUCGUAGGAGGAUAGGGUUUGAUGGAGUCAUCUGCUCACCUCGAGAGGACGAUUGUCGGGGGCUUGGAUUGUUCUGGCGUAACGAGGUUCCGGUGCGUCUCCGGAACUACUCUGCAAAUCAUAUUGACGUCGAAGUUGGUGCUGUAGGUUCUGAAGGUGCCUUUCAAUUCACAGGAGUAUAUGGUGUAGCCACAGCGGCAAAUCAGAACAUCACUCGGAAUUUACUACGAACCCUAGCUAGACAGAUUCGUCUUCCAUGGCUAGUUGCUGGAGAUUUUAAUGAAAUCCUUUGUCUGGCUGACAAGUCUGGUGGUCCACCUCGCUGUGUAGCCCAGAUGAAUAGAUUCUGUCAAGCUUUGGUUGACUGUGAGUUGAUGGAUAUGGGGUCUGUUGGCUCUCACUAUAUAUACUUGGUCAAAUCGGUUUACAAAAGAAAGAUUGGACCGUGCGUGUCAGAAUUUCCAUUGGAGGGAGCUUUAUCCCUUUUCCCGGGUUAUCACCCUCCCUCUGAGCAGGUUAGCAGGAAAAUAAAGCAGAAUGGCAACUUAUUCCUUAGUUGGAAUACGAGGGUGUUCCAGCAGGGACAGGUUGAACUGAAACUUAUCCAAGGAAAACUGGAUGAGCUAAUGAAGACACACUAUGAGGCCUCUCAAUUUGAUGAGCAACGAGCACUGCAGACCAGACUGAACGAAUUGAUGUCUAUCAAUGAAACAUAUUGGCGGCAACGUUCAAAGAUACAAUGGCUUAGAGAGGUGGCUAUAGAGACAAUUCUUGAUUGUCUCCAAACUCGUGUUACUGAAGAUAUGAACUCAGAGCUCCUAGCCCCAUAUUUAGAUGAUGAGAUCAAAAGAGCCUUAUUUCAAAUGCAUCCCUCCAAAUCCCCUGGACCUGAUGGUAUGUCUCCAUGUUUCUUUCAAAAAUUUUGGGAUGUAGUGGAGUCUGAUGUUUGUAGGGCAGUCAGAGAAGUGCUUCUUACAGGGCAGAUUUCACAAGAGUCAAACUUCACUCAUCUUACUCUCAUCCCAAAGAUCAAAGAGCCAAAGCUUGCAUCUGAUCUGCGACCAAUUGCCUUAUGCAACGUGGUAUAUAGGAUUGCUUCCAAGGUUUUGGCUAACCGGCUGAAGAAGAUCCUUCUGCAAAUCAUAUCUCCAUUGCAAAGUGCUUUCGUUCCGGGACGACUCAUCUCGGAUAAUACUCUAGUGGCUACUGAGGUUGCUCACUUUAUGAAAAAGCUCAAAAGACAAGCAGAGGGUUUCUUUUCCUUGAAGCUUGAUAUCUCUAAAGCCUAUGAUAGACUUGAAUGGCAAUACUUGGAGGCCAUACUAUUGAAACUAGGUUUCUGCAAAAAAUGGGUGAAUAUUAAUAUGGCUACUGUCAAGUCUGUAAGUUAUUCUAUUUUGAUUAAUGGUACACCUACGGGCUUCAUUUUACCUACUAGGGGUAUUAGGCAAGGGGAUCCACUCUCCCCUUACCUAUUUAUCCUCUGUGCCGAGGGCCUCUCUGCUUUGAUUUCAUCUUCUGUUCAGCAUGGUUAUAUCGCAGGCUUGGUUAUGUCACCUUCUGCUCCUGUUAUCCAUCAUUUAUUAUUUGCAGAUGAUUGCUUUCUGUUUGGGGAAGCUUCUGUUAGAGAAUGUCAGGCCUUCAAUAAUAUUCUCUCUACCUAUGCUCAAGCUUCUGGUCAAAAGAUCAACCUUCAGAAAUCUAGUGUUGUUUUUAGUGGCAAUGUGGGGGUGCCCUCAAGUAACCAAUUAGCUACAGUUCUGGGUGUCAAAUGUGUUAAGGAGCAUGGUAUGUACUUAGGGCUACCUAUCCAUGUUGGACAUAAUAAAACAGCUAUAUUUGCAUACUUAAAGGAGAGACUCACCAAGAAAUUAUUAAGUUGGAGAUCCAAGAUUCUCAGUGCAGGAGGUAAGGAGUUGUUAAUCAAAGCUGUUGCUCAAACCUUACCUAACUAUGUUAUGAAUUGCUACUUGUUGCCAAAGUCUCUUUGUGACGAUCUUCAGCAGCUUUGCUCUCAAUUUUUUUGGGGAAGUACAAAUGAAAAGAAAAAGAUCCACUGGAGGUCUUGGGACAGAAUGUGUCUCCCAAAUGAACAAGGUGGUAUGGGGUUCAAACACUUACAUUCCCACGAUUUAGCCACAAUUUACCUUCAGAAAUCUAGUGUUGUUUUUAGUGGCAAUGUGGGGGUGCCCUCAAGUAACCAAUUAGCUGCAGUUCUGGGUGUCAAAUGUGUUAAGGAGCAUGGUAUGUACUUAGGGCUACCUAUCCAUGUUGGACAUAAUAAAACAGCUAUAUUUGCGUACUUAAAGGAGAGACUCACCAAGAAAUUAUUAAGUUGGAGAUCCAAGAUUCUCAGUGCAGGAGGUAAGGAGUUUUUAAUCAAAGCUGUUGCUCAAACCUUACCUAACUAUGUUAUGAAUUGCUACUUGUUGCCAAAGUCUCUUUGUGACGAUCUUCAGCAGCUUUGCUCUCAAUUUUUUUGGGGAAGUACAAAUGAAAAGAAAAAGAUCCACUGGAGGUCUUGGGACAGAAUGUGUCUCCCAAAUGAACAAGGUGGUAUGGGGUUCAAACACUUACAUUCCCACAAUUUAGCCAUGUUAUCCAAGCAAGGGUGGAGAAUUUUAUCCAAUCCUAAUUCAGUGGUGGCUCAGGUAUUCAAAGCUGUUUACUACCCUAAUGGAUCUUUUCUCACUGCGGACAGGUCUAUCACCCAUUCUUACUCAUGGAGGAGUAUUAUGGAAGCUCGUCCAAUACUUACAGCUGGUCUAUUUUGGCGUAUUGGGAACGGAACCUCUGUGAAUAUUUGGGAGGAUGAGUGA